AUGGACGAAUUCCUCACAACACCGCAAGGCCUUUGUGGCACCGAUGACGCAGCCACGACAACGCCAUCCUCACCAAGCUCCAUCGUGGCACACUCGAGCCAGACCUCCCCAGCGACCUCCACGCUAGCCCAAAUAUCAGCGGAUAUAGCAAAAAUUACAGCAAACAUGCUCACCCGCAAGGACAAGGUGAAAAUGGUCGCGGAACUGAGAGCAGUUAUCAGGGAGGAAAUCACGGCUGUCCGCAGAGACCUCACAGCGCUGGAGCAAUGCGUAGACGACCUGGAAGUAGACCGUCUACAGAACGCCCAAUACCGGCUAGCAGCAGAGCUGGCGACUGGGAGGCAAGGAAAUAUUCUUCUAGACCUCCGCCGACAGGUCGAGGACCUCGAUAAUAGAGGCCACAGAAAGAUAGCGCACAGCCACAAUAAAUGCCAGAACUGA